UACAAAAUAGAAUGAAUGAUACAAAAUAGAGAGCUGUCAGGCUUGCUCACAGGUGGAACUAAAAGUUGUUUUUCCUCCAGAGGAGUCCAGGAUGAGAACCUGGGCUGGACGGUUGUGCUGCGGGAUGGAACAGAAGAGUACGAGCUGGCCGGGUACGACUAUGUCCUCGACCUCAUCGCAGAGAUGGAGAUGGCACCUGGAUUCCCUGUCUGCAAAUCCUUCUUUCUUGUAUCCUCAGAUAAAAUGGCAAGUAAUGCUGAGGAGGUGGACAUAUCAUUCUCAGAUAUCCCCACCAAGGUUCCUCCGCUGCUACAGAGUGGAGUAAGAGGAUAUUCAUAUGAUGGCCCCCUAAAACACGCAGAAAGAUUGUCCCAACAAUCAGAAUAUGUGCAUAACUUCCCUCAAAGGCAAGCUGCCAAUAAGGACUCCAUGCCGGGCAGCAGUGACUAUCUGCCGUACGAUUACAAACUCCCGAUUCGAGAUUAUGGCCUGCCACCCGCACCAGACUACACCACAGAGGAUGGCGGCAGGUUCCGCCAUGGCCCUGGGAGUCCGUCAUCAUCUAGGUCAACACCUCAACACCACAUGUCCAACAGGAGAAUGGGCAACACUCCACACAGAGAGACAAGACUAAGGCACAAGAGCCUUGGAGGCCGUUCUGUUGGAGGGCAGUCUAUCCCACACAGUGAAGUGUCCCAGUCAGGUCUGGAUGACUACCUGGACAGACUCUUCAACCCUGUCUUGUCAGACGACAGCUCUGAGCUCGGUGAUGCAGCUGGUAUGGAGGUGCACAUGAAGGGAGGAGGACAAGCACCUGCACCACCUGGAGCGGCUGGGACUACAGGAACAUCCUCGACGACACCCAAGAUGGCAGGGCAAAAUGUGGAUCUCAAUGCAGCAAAUAGCAUGAUGGGAAUGCAGCCAGGAAUGAUGGGAGUAGGACUCUUGCCAACUAUGCCAAAUAUGGGGCUGAUGCAAGGUGUGGGGAACCCUGCCCUGCUGCAACAGGCAAUGCUUCAGCAGCAGGCAUACCUGGCACAACAGAUGAUGCUGGUAAGUCCUAACUUAAAUCCAGCUGGGCAAUCCUGUACAUGGAAUUGUUGCAAACUAUUAAACCCUGUUUUACAUUUUUGUACUUCUCCAUCCAAACAUCACUCACUCAUGUAUUAAAAUCAUUUCACUUUU